CCUAGUGUGUAAGUGUGCUUGAGGGGUCAAAAUGUGGAGGUGAAGUUUCCCCGUAGUUGGAUUAAUAUAGGGUCCCUUAACGAACGUACUUAACGUAACUUACCCUUAACGAAUUUAUUUUCACUUAAAAAAAUCAACAAUCCAUGUCAUUUCUCCAAACGUUUGCAUACAACUAUAUAUACCACUGGCUAACGUCAACAUAUGCUCUUGUUUUGACAGUAGAAAAGAACAACAUGAUACAGAAAAGACUUCAACACAACACAGGCAGGAUAAGCGCAAGGCAAGUCACGGAGCUGCUCACUCUGGAAUGGACCAGUUUCCAGAAGAAUGGCGCGGUUUAGACAGAAAUCCUGCGUCACCGUAACUGCACUGGCCCUACUCAUCUUCGUCAUAACGGUCAUUCUAAAAACCCUGACCCCAGACGCCAACAGCUCAGUGGACGCCUUUGGACGUUUGGCCUUUGCUCACCACAGACAGGGAGAAAACCAUAUUCAGGGGAAGAGCGAUGUGGAAAUUCUCACCAGAGCAGCAAUCGCACCAAACGCUAUGGCCAAAAAAGCUCCAGAGGGGAAGGAACUGAGCUUCGACAGUGACGCUCGAGAUUUCCCUCCUCCGAACUACAACAUACACGCUUUCUAUUACACGUGGUACGGAAACCCUCAGUUUGAUGGCAGGUACAUUCACUGGAAUCACCCUCUGCUGCCACACUGGGACCCAAAAGUGGCCGAAGGCUACCCGAAAGGAAGAUACCAGCCUCCAGAUGACAUUGGAGCCAACUUCUACCCAGCACUGGGUGCAUACAGCUCUAGGGACCCCUCUGUUGUAGAGGCUCAUAUGCAGCAGCUGCGAACAGCAGCUAUAGGUGUUCUCGCAGUGUCUUGGUAUCCGCCCGGCAUGAUGGACGAUAACGGCGACUCGACGGAUGACAUCGUGCCUUUGGUUCUGGAAGUCGCUGAUAAGUACAAAGUGAAGGUGGCUUUUCAUAUUGAGCCUUACAAAGGUCGAGACGACGCCAGUAUGCUGGAAAAUAUCAAAUAUAUUAUGGAGAAGUAUGGAGGCCAUCCUGCUUUUUUCAGAUACAAAUCCAGCACUGGGAAGCUCCUCCCGCUGUUCUACAUUUACGACUCAUACUUGCAAAGUGCAGAUAUCUGGGCACAGAUGCUUAAGACCACCGGCAAGAGUAGCAUCAGAAACACGCCAUAUGACGGCAUCUUCGUCGCUCUGCUCGUGGAGGAGAAGCACAAGAGGGAAAUACUGGAUGCCGGCUUUGACGGCAUCUACACUUACUUUGCGACCAACGGCUUCUCCUACGGCUCCUCUCACCAUAACUGGAAGUCCAUUAAGGACUUCUGUGAUGGCAACAACUUGAUAUUCAUACCUAGCGUAGGUCCAGGCUACAUUGACACUAGCAUCCGGCCUUGGAACUUCCAGAACACGCGGAACCGCAUCAAUGGGAAGUAUUACGAGACUUCUCUGAGUGCAGCGUUGGCGACGAGGCCACAGAUCAUCUCUGUUACUUCGUUUAAUGAAUGGCAUGAGGGCACUCAGAUUGAGACCGCCAUCCCUAAAACAGGAGGCCAGACCACUUACCUGGACUACCUGCCCCACAAACCUACUCUAUAUUUAGAGAUCACACGCAGGUGGGCAAUGAAAUUCAGAGAGGAUCAGGAGGAAGACGAUUUAUAGAGUGGCUGUAAAGAUUAUGUUCAUUUAAAGGCUGUAAUGAAUAAACGAAAACUUCAGAGAAUGUGAGAUUAAUGCAUGCUGCUGUGUUGAUCACUGCAACAUAGAAAUGAGUACCUGAUGAGUAAAGCUCAACCAGAUCAAUCCGAUUUUAAAGUGCCAUGUUUUUUACAACCGUGAGGCGCUUAUAGGAACCAAUCACAUACCAAUUGUAAGAGGGGGUCAUGGAGUUUCUGACUGGCUUCCUUAAGUCGGCAAGGAGAUGAGACCCCUGAGCUGAAAGCGUUCUG